AUGCGAAAGAUUCAUGAGAAAUUAGAGGACAAAUUCGUGAAUUAUUUGGUGGAUUAUACUUCGUUUAAGGAAUCCCAGUCUAAGAAUGGAUUGCAUGAUAUGCUCAAUGAUUUGGACACAGAAGUAACAUCGUUUAUCGAAAAAUUAAAUACAAAGACACAGCUCGUUGUUUCUUGCUACACAUAUUUUCGAACGCUUGACGAGCUCUGGAAUCUUUUGGACGAAAUUGAGAACAGAACAAAGGGUUCAAGCUCAUCAUACACUAUGGACACAGUAUCUGAACUGAUUAAUUGCUUGGAUCAAGGAUUAACAACAUCAAGUUCAAAAAUUAAUCUCCUCUCUGAAGAACUAUCUAGAAUUAAAAUCUUAUUGGACUCAAUAAAUGAUAAUUAUUAUUAUCAAAUUGAAAAUGAAUUCCGUGAAGUUUGCCAAUUGACUGCGACUGCUCAACAGAUAAUGAAUCUUAGAAAAUCAGUUCUCUUUAAGGAGCGAAGGCUUCUUGAAACUGCUCGAAAUGCAAUUAUUCAGGCAUGUGUCAAGAGUCAAGAAGAAAACGACUCUGCCAAGCUUGAAGAACUUUUCAACAAUUUUAAAGGUGUCCAAGAUAUCGCGAAACAGAUCCUUCUGAACAUGGGGAAAUAUCAAGAAAAAAAGACCACGAUACUUGGAGAACUUACGACUCACAUUCAGUUGAAGAUGUACACAAUUUGUCUGAAGCUCCAAGAAUUUGAAAGGAAGGCCACGGGAAAUGUCAGUGAUCUUUUCAAAUGUCCCUCCGAUUUUACACCCAGUUGGUAUCACAACCAAUCACCUGGUUUGGCUAAUCAACGUCGUCAAAUUACACAAUCACUUUCUCAAAUGACAGACCCAACGAAUAGAUUUUCAUCUCCAUUUCACAGUGAUCGUCCACUACCCCGGAGAUUUUCAAAACACCACAUCUUCGGCUCAGAGUCGAAUGAUUAUUACAUGGAGAAAAGGGACUAUGUAAGGAAUGUGAUUGAACACUCUGCAGAUUGUACGAUCCCCAAGAGUUUGAGCGCAGUAGAUUUGACUAUUGAAGGAACGGAAAUGCUCGAGAAUGGGAAAAAUGCGGCUGAAUGGAGAAGACUGCGACCUCCAGUCAAUGGUGCUGGUGAUCGAGAAGUUUCCACCAGAAGUUCAAAUCCUCGUGAUACUCAGCCAAACAUCAGUAGCAAUAAUGGCCAUCAGCAAGUGUCACAUUUAAUUUUGAGAAUAAAGGAGGUGGAGGAGGAUUUGCGCGUUUGCAAACAGCAGCUGAACGGGUAUGUUGAUUCUGCUUGUCGUCAAGAUAAAGGCGAUGAUCAAGAAGCAUUCAUUGCAUCACUUGAAAGUGAAGUGAACAUUGCUUUCAAUGGAGAUAAACCUGCGGAAAUGCUCAAGUUGCAGGAGGACUGGGAAGAAUAUUUGAAAGAAAUGAGCAAAUUCGAGAAUAUCCUGCCAAAUUUGAUACAAAGCUCAACACUACUUGCUGCUGCUCACCAAUUUACUAUAACUCUUCAGACCAAGUUUGACGGCUUUACUCAAGAUUCCGUGUCUCUUACUGAUAUUCAGCAAGAAGCUGUUCGACUCCAAGAAAACAUCGAAAAACAUUUAAAUACCACUGAAUAUCCACAAAGUUCUAUUGGCAACAAUUCGUCUAUCAAUUGGGUAUUGAACGAACUUCAAACGGCAUUGGGUAGUUUGCAAGAAGCCGGGGAAGAAGCCGAAAUUAUGGCCACCAAUUUAAACGACCAAUUCGGCAAUAAUGGAGAUGAUGAGCCUAAACAGUCCCCCCUUCUCUACUUCAACGACACUUAUCUUGGCAAUCAAGAAUUUCGAAAGGAAAACGACUUCGAUCAAGAAUGCCAAGAAGAGGGUUUGGAUUGCGAAAUUGAUUAUCUAUAUUUAGAUGGAGACGAUAGUCAAGCAAACACACCUCCACUACCCGGGGUAAUGAAUGCACACCCGGGUGGAUCAAUAACUAUUCACCUUAACUUUGGUGGAUUCAAUCAAGAAAUGGAAGUAGAAUGGACCUUUGUGCCAUCAUAUAAAGCUCCAGAAGAUGAUGAAAACUUUCCAAAGUCCCUCCUUGAAUCUACCACAAAGCCGAUUACUGACAUGAACACCGCUUCACUUCUCAUACCUUGUGUUUUUUACAAGCAUGCCGGUGAGUAUUUUGUUACUAUUACCGACCCACGCACAGGAAAGCAACUCAAAAGUUCAUCAAAAUUAAAUGUAAAGGCUGAGUUAAAACGAGGACUGACUGACCUAAAGGCCAUAAUCGAUGGGGAUAAAUGUAAAAUAACGGGAAAAGAUGUGACAUUCUUUGUUGAGUAUGCUGGAUUUGACAAAAUUCCAUCGAGCGUUGUCUGGCUGCAUGAUGGGAAACCAAUAGAUCAGACAAAGUGGACUCUGUCAAUCAGCCCAUUGACAACAAGGAUUAAAUCUGACUGCCUUAGUUCAGUUGACGCAGGUCAAUAUACCUGCCAAGUAUCUGACGAGAAUCUUGGAAUUAAUAUGGAAUCGUCUGCUGUUUUGAAAGUUCAAAACUCGCUCGAUAAUCCACGUCCAGCUUCUCGGGCAUCUUCCCGAACUGGUACUCCCGCAGCCGAUGACCGAUUGCCCAUCACAAAGGCCCUUGAAAACUCUUCUCUCUCACUUAAAUGUCCACUUCCAAGUGUUGCCUGUGAAGCCUACGAUAACGCUCGACAAAUUAGAAUGCAGUGGUUUCGCGAUGGAACCCAACUCUUUGACUCGGAUUGGCAAAGCCCCAACUACUUCACUGGAAGUCAGGGCGUAGCUUUUGUGGAUGGAAAAACAUUUUGGAAAGUGGGGAUGACUGAAGGCAGGGCGGUUAUGCUUAACACGAAACGUAUUCGGCCCGUGGACGCUGGGCGGUAUUCUUGCCGAGUGAGAAUAGAUAAUGAUGCCUACGAAUCCUCGGGUGUUGUUGCUGUAUAUUCAAGUCAACAGUUCGUUGAACAGCUGAAAGGAGUGAAGGUCUACUUGGGUGAACCGGCUGAGCUUCGCUGUCGUCUGGAGCCAUGGAUAACUGGAAACUCCACCGAAGAUGACACGCAAAUCACGUGGUAUCACUUUGACACUAUACUGACUCCAGAACUGCAGGAAUUAGUUGGGAUUGUCACCAGUUGCCAGGAGGGUCUGUGCACUCUCCAAAUCAAAAAAACUUCUAGACGCUACGGCGGUGUUUACAAGUGUGAAGCAAAAAAUGAAUUUGGAAUCUGCACUACUAGUUGUAGACUAUUGUUAGAUAUGCCAGUUCCUCCUACUGUCAUUGGCUCAAUCCAACGCAUUGAAGACGAGAACGAUGGAGAUGAAAACAUAGCGAUUCUUCGAAUAGAAUACGAUGCAGUACCACAGCCCACUGUUUCCUGGCUCAAAGACGGUCAGUACAUCAAACAGGGAGCGAAAUAUGAGAUAAUAACUGCACAGGAGGAGAGCGUUCUGCGUGUAAUAAACCCCUCUUCUACGGAAAACGGCACCUACUCGGCAGUCAUCAAGAAUGUUGCCGGGGUUGCCAAUUCAACAAAUAGAUUUGAGUUCAAUGGCGCCGCUGCCGUUUCCUGUGCAGCAACUGUUGAUGCUAGUCCUAUUGCUCUGCGUAUGGCUAUUUGUGUAUCGCCACUUUGGGCGUCUAAUAUUUUGAGUAAAGAAGCUUCCAACCAUCAAUUAAGGGGCUGUUUAUUGAAGCAUUGGAGAAUUUCUUUUGAACCGGAGGACGAUUUCUUUCAAAGAAACGGUAGAAAGUCUGUAGUUUCUCCACAACCACUACCAAACAAUAUCAGCCCCGAAAAUUCACAAAGUUUAGGGAGAAGGCCUUCAAGUAUUAUACCGGAAUAUCGCCGAGAUGUCAAUUAUCGUAGAUCAUCUUCUUUCAUGAAUGAUAUACCCAAUAGAAGAACAUCUUUUGAACCCGAGGACAAUUUUUUCCAAAAUAGUAACGGAAAAUCUUACACACCUCCACCAAUACCCAAAAAGCGAAGCGAGAUUCCGUUUACGUAUACACGGGAUUUCGGACAGGAAACAGAACCCAUUGUGAGAAGUGUAUCGGAAAGUAGUUAUACCAUGCCAGUUGAAAAGAAGAAUCCAAUUUCAUACCACCAGACGCAAACUGUUGAUAAUCGGAAAGAUGCAAGAGCUUCUCAACCCAAUUUAUGUACACCUAUUGAAAAGAGACGUGAAUCGAUUAAUUUUAUGCCUCCACGUAAUGACACACUCUUGGUCUCAUCCUCCCCUAAAUCAAAUCAAGACCAACAUUAUGAAAAGGCAUUUUUACUUCGACCCCAAAGUAUUACAGCCAAGGUUGGAGAAACUGCCGUCUUCAGUUGCGUGAUUAGACCACCUUUUAGAGCGCCCGAUAUUCAUCGGGUGAUUUGGCGACACAAUAACUGUGAAGUAGGUGAUGAGCUGAAAGAAAGCCCAAGAGUAAAGGUAAAAGCAAACGAACCAUAUAAAGGUGUAUUUCAACUCAAAGUCACCGAUAUAAAAGAAGGCGACCAUGGGGCUUAUGAAGUUGUGGCCUUAGAUGAAUAUGGCGCUGAAAUAUGCAGUGCGACUUUUCAACUCUCUGUCGACGAGAAGACUCCAUCUCACCCAGCGGUUUCAACUCGAUCAUCAUUUACCAUUAUCCCUGGAGAGCCUGGUCUAAUCUACCAAAGGAAACAGCUCGGCGGGCGUUUAAUUAAAGCUUCAAAGAGACAUGAAGUGGAUCAUUUGCCUAAGACUAUUUCAGAUAGACGAAUUGAUGUCUAUUCACAGUCUCUACCCGAUCUGUGCGAUUCCGAUAUUAUUCACAGGUCCACGACGAUUCUAGAGACAUACAAGAUGUCCCCGAGUAUUCUUCGUUCAAAUGAUUCUUAUCUGAAUUCUUCCACAGAUCUACGCAGAAAAGCCCAUGACGGCUCUCGUGAGCAUUCGGCAUGGAGCGAAGAAAUGUACCUCGAUAGUCCAAGACUACCUUCACAAGUUACUGUGGGAGUUGGUGAACGCCUUGAAAUCACCUGUUUCGUCUCUGGUUAUCCUCUUCCUCAGAUCUUUUGGUUUAAAGAUGGAGAACAGUUGAAUGAGCAAAAUCCAGAUAACGAUUUUCAAAUUAGAAAGCACGGUCAUAUGAAUCAGCUCAUAAUUCCUUCUGCGCAACCUCAGCAUGAAGGAUUAUGGGAGGUGAUCGGUCGAAAUGCAUCCGGCCUAGUGAUGAGUGGCUCACUUAUACAAGUGACGAUUCAAAAUCUAUUGAGAUCGAAUUCAAUGAGCUCCGAAAGAUCGCUCCGCGCCACCACUUCAAUGACUCUUCAAGAUCGCCGUGGUGGAAAUCGUUCCCCUUCUCCAUCGGAAUCGUCCCAAAAACGUAUUCUUCUCCAAUUAAAUGAAAAGACACCGGAGUUCAAGCGAUACUUUCAUGAUCAAAUCGUGAAUGUUGGUGAUACUGUUUGCUUCCGAUGCAUCAUAGAAGGGAAUCCAAAACCUGAAAUUCGUUGGGAACACAACGGUGUGGACAUUUAUCAAAGCGGGAUUCGAAGCUUCCAAACUAAUAAUUCCGACCCUGAAUAUGAGUUGGUGCUAAAUUCAGUUGAUGCCGAAUUCGCCGGUCGGUAUACUGUGAUCGCAGAGAACCACCUUGGACUGGCGGCUUGUUCUGCGAUGCUUACAGUGCACAGAACUGUUGCCAAGGGUCAUGAACCCUCAAAAGAAAGUGGAAGAUUGUAUGAAGCCUCUUUGCCUAGAUCGUCACCAAAUACCAUUCAUUUAUCACCCAGAGUUGAAUCUCCAGCAUUCCGCUUCGACAAUUCCACUAAUGAUGAAUACGAUUACAGUGCGAUUCAAAAUACCAGAAUGUGA